AAAUGAAUGUUUGGCAAACGCUGUUCCAUAAUAAUCAGACCAGCUACUUAGCUCGCUAUCCUAACUAAAUUUUAAUGCAGAUCAAUUAAUCUUAAAUUCGUGUCAUACCUAUUGAUAUUUGAUCUGACAGGCAAAUUGGGUGUGUUUUGAAAUAGCCAAAUAUGCACAUGCCUAAAUUGUCCAUUUUAGUAACCUUUCUGUGUAUUUAACAUUAAACUGACGUCAAUAGUAUGGAAACCUGUGAAAAAAUAACUGCCGUCAUCUCCCGCGUGGAUAAAUAGGAGCCACCUAAGAUCAAAAUAGCUAUAUUUCCCAAAUUUUGAAAACCCACCUGUUUCGGAACCAGCAGGUUAAUGUUUAAAAUUUUGGUCAGCUUUUUAAGGUCUACACAAUAGAAGUAACGACGUAACAAAUUCCUAAAAUGUUUUUUGCAUGGAUGGGUUUUCCUCGCUGACGUCAUCAAAAUCGAUGUCUCCAUUAACCAAUCAUCAAAACCACAUCUCCCUAUACAUUAUUUUCACAGAAAAUAAUCUCCAUGAAAUUCUUCCGAUGUAAAUUUGUGAAAAUAUAAAACCAAAUAUUUUGUUUUUGACCUCAUAAAAAUGUUUACAUUGUUUUUUAACUUAUUAUUUCAUGGGCAAAAUUUAACAGAAAUUAUUGUCAGCAGUAUUAGGCAAUAUGUCGGAACCGUUCGAGUAACUAUUUUGUGUUUUUUUUUUUUGAUAAUAAUUUUAAAUUGCAUUGUGAAGUGAUCCAAGGAAAAAUGAUGGCGCUCUGAAUACAAAAUAUAAGAAUUAGAAUAUCAUCCUUUUUUUUAACCUUACAUUUUGAAAUUUUAAAUAUUUUUUUAACAAAUACAAUCUACGAUAGAAGCUUAAAAUGUGACAAAAUUAAGCAAGAACAUUCCAAGAAAAUUUGCUUAAAACUAAUCUUGUUUUUAUGUUAUUUUGUAUGUUGGUAUGUAUAUUCCGCAGAACGAAAAUAAAUAUGGAAAUAAGUCUAUUUCUAAAAGAGCGGGAAAACCGCUUUUCAAUAUUUUUACUUCUCCUUACACCCAGCCUUUACGUAUUCUCACUGCAAUGGGAUGAUACCUUUAUAGUGACAUUGUAAUGCCUUCCUUACAUUGUUUCUCCAUAAUUAAAACGACUUUCAAAAACAGCAAUGGACGAGAGUUUUGAAUAUGUCGAUUAUUCCUCUCAUUGCUUUGACGGAGAUGUGGAUGUAAAAUUAGCUUUUGCUGAAGAACGACCAUAUGAAGAAAUUCAACUUAAUGAUUCUUCACGUACAGAGCCACAAAAAAGCGAAAAAAAUGUCCAAGCAGUCAGAAGUGAGCGAGAUAUGAUACAGCCUUUGCUUGAUAUACCAGCUUUAAAUAAAAUUCAAAAACAAAGUCGAUUAUUUCGAAAUUUAGUCCUUCGAAGAAAAAGAAUUCAAACUAAAGCAAGUGUAGAAGACAAAAGAUGGGGAAAUACGUCGUGGAAUGUAAAAUUGUUACACUGGGAGAGAGAUAGGAAAAUGAAGGCUGUGAAAGAACUCAAAGAAACUCUUAGAAAGUUAAAGGGGAAAAAGAAACAACAUAAAUUGCAAGCCACCCAGAUCAUAGCAGCUACCGAUGAAGCUAAGCAGAUGAUAAGAGAGUCACAAGAAAGAUUUGAAUCCUACAAGACAGCAAUGUUGAUCGCAUUGGAUAGAACAAAUUCGAAUUUGUCGUCUGUUAUUGAAUCUCUUGAUGACGAAAGCAAGGAAACGGAAGAUAUGUUAAAUCAAAGAUGGCGGAUUUUCCAGCGUUCAUCAUUACGCCACGAACUAAGUGAAAUAAAAUCCAUGAAAGAACAGCUUCAAGAAAUUAUGCAGAAGUUGUCAACUGAAAUACAAUUUCUAAAAAAUUUUAUUUUAUCAACAAAAUAAAUUAUACAUACGCCUUGCGUACUCAUGUUUUCUGAUAAUUUAAAAAACUGGUAAACUUUACCCCCAGAUUUCUUUGAUGCCUACGAUAUAGAGAUAGACAGAUGUGCAUAUUUUACAUGGCUAGCCUCACAAAUAUCGGGGGAUAAACCCUGUCUAUUAUUUCCAGGAGGGACUAUGGCUUAGAUGGAGAGUCCUAGAGUUUAUAAUGCUACGCGCUUACUAGACAACUUCCUACAACAUCCAAAGGCCCACACAGUGUGCCACCUCCCCAAUUUCCCUCACAUGGCUUGUGUUAACCCGGGGCUAUGGUAACAUUCACUCGCCCAUGUUAAAUCGCCGCUAAAUGGAAUUGAAUCCUGAUGUCCAGCACAAAGUGCGAGAGUUAUAACCACUAAGCUACGGACUCUACAUGCUGACUGCGUAAAUUAGUCCUGGAGGCCAGGUUGUGAACUGGUAUAGUGUGACCGAAAAAUAUUUCACUGCAAAACUUUCAAUAUAAACCCCAGUUUCCAAUCUCUUUGCUCAUUUAAAUGUUAAAACAUACCUUACCGGCACAAAAUCUGUUGGUCCGUAGGGAUGGAACUUUAAAUAGAAGAGUUCGGGUCACAAAAUAAUCCGAGCUGGUGAAUUUUGGCUGUGUGGUUAUGUACAUCCUUUGGAUUGAUAAUUUUUUAUUACUAACUUUAAUUGUACAAAAUACCACGUCAGACAUGCACAAGGACGAGGUUAAUAACAGAGGAUUCAUUCAUAGGGAGGAGAGCGCGGUGUACGUAAGCGCUUUGCAGAGAUUGAUAUGGCUUGGGUUGACUUGUUUAUCUCUGUGAUAUCAUAUUACUUUCCACAAAGAUGGAGAACGUCACGGUACUACUUCACAGUUUCUAUACUUCUGAAAUGAUAAAAGAAGAUUAAGACAACCUAUGAAAAAGGACACAAAUUGUCAUUUCCCAUCUCAUUUCCAUAACUUAAAUUCUUUUAAAAAAUAUCCUGUAAUUAAGGUUAGCGCUUUUGUCAUAACCUACAGCCUUGCAAUCUCGUUCACAGAGCUUCUUUUAAGCUGUUUUGAUAUAUCUGAGUCCAGAGAAUGGCAAAUUACAAAGUACAUUCUUUUGAAGAUGCCCUUUUUAAGUCGUGUCUGGCUAACUUAUAA